UGCAAUACUCGACUGGCACAAAUUGGAGACAAAUUUGGCGGAUUUUUUUUUUUUUAUUUGAGUUUUCAAGUCGGGCCUUGUGUAUACGAAGAGUUCUUAUAAAUCAUUUUGCUUCUAUCAUAUGUUUGUUAUAUAUAUGAAGAGAAAUCAAAAGUGAAGCAGGUGUUGUAUGACGUCAUUGCGUAAAAUGCGUAUAUAUGACAAGGUCAGGUAAUUCUACGCAUUUUGUGUUCAAUUCAAAUUUCAAUCAAUUUUCCUGGAAUAUGAAACAAGGGAUAUAUAUUCGUAAAAACAAAUUAGAAAGGCAGUAUUAUUGACAUUAGAAUCUCAAGAAGUCUAAUAAAAAAAAUGUGUAAUUUUUCACAAUACGCAGAUCCGUAUUUUGAGCGUAUUGACACUGUCUUCGUUUUCAAUGGUUCGGAAGAAUACCGAGCACAGGUUAAAAACAGAUUUUUACAGGUUUAUGAAAAAAUACAGUUCGGGCCAAGCCCAAACCGGGGAUAACGGUAAAACAGAGUCAUCCAGGCAGUAAAUAUGGUUUACUUAAAAAGAUAAAGAUGUACCAUAGGUUGCAAUAUGCGUUAAAAUGCGAAAAAUUGAAACUGGCGAAGGGCAGAAAAAUGUAAAUUUAAUUUACAUUUACCGUAAUAUUCUUUUUGAUCCAAGAAUCCACAUUCAGUACGUUAGUGAAAUUAGGUCUCUGCGGAAUAAUCAAAUUAAUUUUUGGAAGGAAAAAAAAUAAUAUGUCGUAUAUUGUGGAACCCAUUGAUUAUCAUUAUGAAUAUUUAGAGAGGUAAUGAACCACAAUAUUGCAAUAAUAUAACAUCCAUAUAUAUCGAUAUAAUCUAAUUUUAAGGAUAAAUGAUGGUGGUAGGGUACUAUGUGAAGUAGGGGAGUGCAUAGAUUUUGAACAUGUACUGUUCACAGAGUGAGUAACCAAAUGGAGUUGAAUAUUCAAAAGGCUUUAUUAUAAAAAGAAUAAUUAAAAAUUUGAAGGUGGAGGUCGUAUCCUGAGGUCGGUAAAACCUCUUAUCUAGCAAUGGUAUUCCAACGUAGGUGGCAGUCCAGAAUAAUGCCUUUAAUAUCAAUAUUCAGGUAUAGAUUUGUGCUGUUGUUAUUUGCUCAAUAUUUUGCGCAAAAUUCAUAAAUUUAAAUUGAAUCAACAUAAAUGAGUUGUAGACAAUCUGAAAAACAGCACAAAUUUAAUCAGGCAUUAUUUGGGUUUGGCACAUGUAACCAACUCAUCACACAUCAGGGAUGGAGUUGGUUGGGAAUGCAUAAAAGAAGGAUACGGUCGACUGAUGGAAAGGCGAGAAAAUGGAAUCAGUCUUUGUGAAGAAUAAUGUUCCCUGUUUAGAUUGUAUAAAAGUGUCGAGUAGAAUUUCGUGAAUAAGUCCUUUAAUAUCCAUAUAUUUUUUUCGUUUCUAAAUUUCAUUGAAUUUGUUAUAGAAGUAAUUCCAGAAAAAAUAUGGCUUAUGUUGUAGAGCCUAUCGAUACUUAUUAUCAUUUUUUAGAGAGGAGGGUCGAGGGUAGGUGCGUGGUCUCCAAGAUAGCUAUGGGCGUGUGUUUGGAUAAUGAAUUAAACGGAAGGUUGGAGGCGGAGCUUGGCCGCGGUAAAAAAUUCGUCAGUUCCUUGGAAGUUUGGCGGAGGCAGAAGAGCAAGUUGGCUCCUUACGUAUCAUUCUUUAGGGCUGUUGUCGGGUUAGACGGGGAUGUAGAUAUGGACGAAAUUCAAGAUGGGGUGAAUUGGGGGGAGAUCGUGAGCGGAUAUUGGAGGUCUAAGUUUAGGGAAUGGGAUAAUAUCAACUUGACCGAAGAUCAAUUAAUCUAGAGGAAUUAUGGAGUGGUGAAAGCAAUUUCCCAUCUAGGGUUAAAUGUUUCAAUAGCGUAAAAUGGAAACUUUUUUUAAAAAAAAUAUAUUUCAGAAGGAUGAUCUAGUGAGAAUAAAAAUGUUGAGAAGCGUCUCGGAUUCAUCAGUAUAGCCGAGAUACGUUGGAGUUGUAGGUAUAGGAUAAUAUUCGACCUGAGAU